CACAUAAUUAAUUCCAUAUAAUAGAUUGCCAAAUUUUCACGGUUAGCGGUGAAAGAGUGUUCAGAUCAAUUAUUUCGUGACUCACCCCAUACAUUAAAACAAUCUAUUCACCUGAAAUGGAGCUUCCGGGGAUGUACAGAAAUUUAUGGAUUACAAUUUUAGCAUUCCGAAAUGUGGUUCUCUGCUUUUUAUAUGCUGGGCUGUUAACGUUACUUCCAAUUAUGGUACCUGGUAAGCCAGCAAGAGGAGGCUAUGUUUUACUUCUUAUGUCUGGUUUAUGGGUGACUGAAAUCAUACCGAUUUAUGUGACUGCUCUAAUCCCACUGGUGUUUGGACCACUACUUGGAAUAGCACCGGCAUCAACUAUUUCUCCAUCUUAUACAAGAGAUACAAACAUGCUGUUUUUCGGGGGUUUAAUGAUGGCGUGUGCAAUAGAAAAUAAUUAUGUUCACAAGAGAAUAGCAAUUUCAUUUUUAAAACUUGUAGGAAGUGAUCCAAAAAUGCUUAUGCUCGGCUUUAUGUUACCCAGCUGGUUUCUGUCCAUGUGGAUGAGCAAUACUGCUACUACAGCCAUGAUGAUAACAAUUUUGGAUCCACUAUUGACUGAUUUAAUGAAAGUUGAUGAAGCAGAUGAAGAAGAACAUAAUGACAGUAAUGAAUCAACUUUGAGUUCAGUGAAGCCUGAAAUUGGUAAUGGACAAGAUUCUCAGGUAUCUAAUACCAACUGUGUACAAAAUGAUAAUUCUGUUGCAACACCUAAAGUUUCAAAUGAACAGUCGAAAUUGAAACGAAUGAGUAUUGGAUUUAGUCUCAGUAUUGCUUAUGCAUCUUCAAUUGGCGGUGUGGCAACAAUCAUAGGUACUCCACCUAACUCCAUUCUUCAAGGAACUACCUUAAGUCGAUAUGGUGAUUCAACUGGUUUGAAUUUCGGUACUUGGAUGGCUUACGCACUUCCGCUUUCAGCUUUCAUGUUCCUGUUCGUCUGGAUUUGGCUUAUCAUUUUGUUCUUCGGUCCAAAAAGUUUGUGUACGUUUAAGCAGUCGAAAAGAAAGAAAGAACGGUUAGCCCAAAUAUUAGAAGCAGAACAACAGAAACUUGGAUCGAUCAAAUAUUGUGAAGUACUGUCUGGAGGUCUUUUCUUAUUGCUCACAACACUAUGGAUGACGCGAAAUAUUGGGUCAUCAGGAUGGGGAAAGCUUUUUGUUGACCCCUCUGAUCCUAAAACAUCAAAAUACAUAACAGACAGCACCCCAGCUAUCUUAAUGGCUAUCAUAACAACGAUCUUACCAGCAUCUAAUCCAAUUAAGCUUUGGAAACACUGGAAACACUGUUACAAAACUAAAACUGAGCCAGACCCAGAAAUAACCCGUGUCCUUCUUCCCUGGAAAGUAGCAUUGGUGAAGUUCCCGUGGGGUGUAAUUGUGGUGGUCGGAGGAGGAUUCGCGCUGGCAACUGUAAUGCAGGCUUCUGGUUUGACGAAUGUAAUUGGAGAAUAUCUUAGUAUGCAUCUGAAAUACAUUCCAUUUACGAUUUUAAGUAUAGUCUGUACACUUACAGCAGCAGCGAUGACUGAGUUCACAUCCAAUUCAGCUACAGCUUCAAUUAUUUUACCCAUUAUUUAUGGUUUAUGCGAGGGACUUGCGAUUCAUCCCUUUUUGUUAGCGUUCCCUGUAACUGUUGCAACUUCCUAUUCAUUCGCACUUCCUGCUGCUACACCUCCUAACACUAUUGUUUUUGCCAAAGGAAGGGUUCGGGUUAAACACAUGUUAUUGGCCGGGGUCCCAUUGAACAUAGUUGGUGGUUUAGCUGCUGUUGCAGCUGUAUCAAGUUACACGGUGCCGAUAUUCGGGUUGAAUACUGUGCCUUCUUGGUUUAAAUCCGUGACGAAUACAACAAACACCUGAGUUUUUUAUGGACGUUCAUAUCUCUUUUGUUAAAAUAUGUGAUUUCUAUUCA